UGUUCCCGCUGUGCCCAGGCUGUGAUCGGGCGCCCUCUCGUCUCACAGGCCCGCGGAGGUGGCAGCGCCGGCAGGUCCCUAGCCAUGGCCGACGACCUGAAGAGGUUUCUGUACAAGAAGCUGCCGAGUGUUGAAGGUCUCCAUGCUAUUGUAGUCUCAGAUAGAGACGGUGUGCCUGUUAUCAAAGUUGCCAAUGAUAAUGCUCCAGAACACGCACUACGGCCUGGCUUUCUGUCCACCUUUGCCCUUGCCACAGAUCAGGGCAGUAAACUGGGACUUUCUAAAAACAAAAGUAUCAUCUGCUAUUACAACACAUACCAGGUGGUGCAGUUCAAUCGCUUGCCUUUGGUAGUCAGCUUCAUUGCUAGCAGCAAUGCCAACACUGGGCUGAUUGUAAGUUUAGAGAAGGAGCUCACACCCCUGUUUGAAGAACUGAGGCAGGUUGUUGAAGUUUCUUAACUGGAUGGUAUAGCCGGAGUGCAGCAUCCCUCUGCAGCCCAGUGGACAGAAGAUUCAAUAAUCCUCAGUCAAAUAACACGGCUCAGAAGAAAUACCACAGCUCCUUAGUGUACUAAGUAAGAGUAAAUUGUACAUAGUACUGAAUCUGAAACGAUCUACUAGUGUGUUGUAGGUGGAUGUUACUUUAGGCCACGCUUCUUGUAUUGUGCAGUACUGGAGACCACCAAAAUAGCUCCCAUGGAGUUUAGCUCAGCCAGCUGAGCCAGAGCAGUAUGAUGCUGUUGGCUCAAGCACACAACCCACAGAUCUCUUGCUUUACAGGGAACUGGGCACGCCGUGGGGUGUGUCCUCAGGCCAGGUACCACUGCGUGUUGGAAAGCAGCUCAGUUGUGCAGUGUUACUGGAGAUGUGGUUGAAAGAGUAUUGGGAGAGUUAAGUUUCCUAGCAGUGGUGUGUUGGUACAAUCAAUAAAUAUCCCAGCUUUCUUAUGUGAGUGAUUCUUCGGCAAGGGAAUGCUACUAAUCUGGAUGCUAGCUGCAUCCUGCUUCCACUGAAAAGAAAGCUAUUUCUAUGAAAGCUGUUGCUUUAGGGGUUUUCCUGAUGGACAGAUAAAAGCACCUGAACAUCUCACUUCAUGGUUGGGUGUUGGGGUUUUUGUGUGUAACAUGGUUGUGAAGAUUUCUUCUCUCAUAGUCUUUGUGUGAGUUCAUCACUGGUGCCACUGAGCUCGUUUACCUUUAGGAUUUCCCAAGUAAAUAAGUAUAAAUAAAAUACAGUAUUUUUAAAUGACAGAGCCUGGUCCACUCUUCUGUUACACCGUAGUUCUCUACAGCACAUCAACCUCUAUGUGGAGACAACAGGUCUCUUAGAGAUUUGCAAAUGUACAAAAAACCAGAAGUUUACAGGGCAAAAACAAUGCAGCAUGUCUCUCAGUGGGGUGGUAAGGACAGCCAGUCCUGUGCCACUCCAGAGAUGCAGAAGUUCUGCUGGUCCAGGAGACAGUACCUGGCAGGUGUCUGCCUUAGACCAGGAAAGGGGCUGUCAUUGGCUUCAGGUGGUGACACUGUGUGCUGGACUUGCUUCUAACACUUCAGUAAUUCAGCAUGUUCCUGUGAAAAAGGGAAGGUGGCUGUGGUCACACUUCAAGCUUAAUUUCCAAGCUGUUUUCCCAGAACGGUGGUGCUGUGGGUGACUAUGGUCUCUCUCUUCCCCUUCCACAGCCUCUUGUCUUGCACAGACUAAUCAAAGCUUUUAACUAAAUGGGAGAUUCUAGCUUAUUAAACUUCUUCUUUGAGAGGAAAAGGGGGGACAAAUCUUUAACAAUGCAGUACAGGAAUACAGAAGUUGGUAGUUUU